CUCUCACGGCCGGUCACUUCGAAUUGAAGCGAAACUGGCUUCACCUCACCUCUUUUAUCAAUGCCUAGAGCAGGCUAUCAGCCUCUUUCACAAUCUGUAGAAGAGGAAGAGACAGAUGUAGCUGUACUUGAAACCCAAUUACCCAAGCCUGUCAAGUCCUCAACACGUGGGCUUCGUCGCCCAGGACGUCCGCGACACAUCGACCUUACCAAGUUGGAUAAUGCAUUUAAGAGAUGGACUGACUCUAUAGCACAGAAAGUUAAGCGCAAGAAGAAAGCACCCUCGGGUCAUUCGAGGAAACCAAUAUGGCGGAGUGUGUUCGAGCCAGCAGUGCUAGCACCCCCAGUGCAAUCAGCCAUCGUUAAGACUCUUGACCACAAGCCCCCUAUGACACAGGCGGAAUUCGAUGCGGUAAUACGGUCCGUUAAAACGGCCAUAACCGAAGGGAUACAUCCGAAAAUGAUUGUGAAGGGGAGUAGUGGGUCAUACUUCGCAAGAGCGAAGGAUGAACACGGUCAUGUUCGUACAGUCGCUGUCUUCAAGCCUAAGGAUGAAGAACCUUACGGCCGCCUUAAUCCCAAAACAACCAAAUGGCUACAUCGUCAAUUUAGGUGGAUUAUACCGUUUGGACGGGCUUGUUUAAUCCCAAACUUGAGUUACGUCUCGGAGGCUGCAGCGUCAUUUCUUGACGAACGUUUGGACCUCAAUAUCGUACCACUAACACGAUUAGUAUCCUUAUCUAGUCCGGCGUUCUUCUAUGACUGGCUGGAUCGGACUGCGGCCAAGAAAGGGAAACCCUUACCUGAGAAGAUAGGAAGCAUGCAAUUUUUCUUACAUGGAUACACAGAUGCAUCCGACUUCCUGCGUAAACAUCCCUGGCCCGGACGUUCAAUAGCUGAUACUUUCGACGACUCUACACAUAGACGGGGAAGCGUCUCUAAACGUUUUCUUGGUGCGAUGAAAAUAAUAUGUGGGAAAACUGGUGACAGCGAGGACAUCGAUGACGACUACGAAGAGGAAAGACUGUUCGACGCCACUGAGUCUCCAAACGGUCGCGGCGUAUUCUAUUGGAGUCCGCAACUCCAACAAAGCUUUAGGGAGGAACUCGAAAAGCUAGUGAUUCUCGAUUACCUUAUGCUCAACACUGAUCGUGGUGCGGAUAACUACAUGAUCAAGUACUGCGAAGGUGAAACCGAGAAACUUGUUGAUGUCGCCCCCGCGCGCUCGGGACACCACGGAAUGCCAUUGAUGAGUGAGCUGAGAAGAACCGAAACCUCUGCUAGUGGUUCCCAACCUACAAUGAACCCUCCUACACCCCAUCUAUCUAUGAAUCUGCCCUCCUCUUCAUGUUCGGAAACUGGCGAUUACAAGCAGAAGCCACACAUUCACAUCGCAGCCAUUGACAACUCUCUAUCAUUCCCGCACGAGCACCCACAGGGUUGGAGAUCAUACACCUACGGAUGGCUUUACCUUCCUGUCAGUAUAAUAGGACGUCCGUUCAGCGAGAAGACACGGAACCAUUUCAUUCCUAUACUCACUUCGAAAGCUUGGUGGGAAGAAACCUCUUAUCAAUUGCAGAAACUAUUUGAAGUUGACCCGGACUUCAAUCUCAAAAUGUUCAAGCGUCAAUUGGCCGUCAUCAAAGGUCAAGCAUUUAACAUCGUACAAUCCUUGAAGCACGCCGAUGAAGGACCACUUGAAUUGACUCGGAGAACGAAAAUGCUUGUUUGGGACGAUGAGAUUGAAGUUCCUGAUGGGCCAGAACCGGAUUCGGCUGGAAUUCCUUCUCCAGGGUCUCCUAAGCUAUCAAUUAGCAGCGUUCCUAUUCCUCGACCACGACGUCGAAGUUCUGCUAGUGACAACUUCCCUCCACCGAUGCGCAGAACGUCCACCGACGCAACGGGAGUUCCCCGCCCCGUCCCGUUCGCUGCCAAGUUUCAGAAAAUCCAUCCGGGAACAACGGGUGUUACAAUGCUUGAACAUUUGGAGAGGCUUGAUGCAGUCGAAGCCAGUCUUCAAAGGCUCACUAUAGAUGAAGAAGCUGAAGUUGAUGUUGCGGAGUCUUCGUCCGCGGCGAGGCCGAUACCCCGCGAAUCAAGUGGUAGCGUUCGCAGUCCUUCAAACUCGAUUGGUGCACCGACCUCACCGUUUUCACCUCCUGGUAGCCCCUUGCCUACAGUACACGAGGUUGAACCUUCCGCUGAUGACUCUAGUUCUAUCUCAGAGGAGGACCUCGUUGCGCUUUCUAAAUCCACCUCCCAUGUAGAGCCCGGCCCUUCACGUCAUACUCGCUGGGUUAGCGAAACCGAUCGUCGAGGCAUGGACUGGUUGAGAGAAGACCCUGACCUAGUGACUACAAGGACAGUCAUUGUAGAGCGACUGGAGACCGUCGACAAAAAGCCUUUAUUGUCUUGUUGGUAGAUGUAGUUUUUCUAUCGGGCAUCUAAUGGACGAUUAUGGUUGUAUCAUACUCCAACAGAACUAACGGAGACACGAUAACGUAACAGCGUUCUUGCACCUUUUUUCACAAGAUUAUCU